UUGACAUCUUCGGAAGUAAACAUUCGCGGCAUUCUGUUGAGAAGUAGUGGCAAAGCAGUACCAAUUUCAGAGUUUAUUGUGAAAAGUGUUAAUACAUAGAAGUAAAUAAUAGGAGUAAAAAUGAAGGACACUGAGAUACUUGAUCCGAAAAAUAUUGUAAAAAACCGGGAGAUUCUAUACAGGCUGAUGAUAAGCCAACUUUUUUACGAUGGACAUCAUAAUCUAGCAAUAGAAUUGGUUUCACUUGUACGAGCUGAUCCUCCAUGCCCCCCUAGCGACAGGCUGCUGCAUGUGAUGAUUGCUGGAAUGCAAACAGAGAGCCCAAAGCAACAGACUGUUUAUGAUGAUGUGAUAACAGGAAUAGAUCUCGAAUUCGAAACGGAGGGAUCAUCCUUGGCUCCAGAACCUGCAUCGUAUGAGACCGCCUACGUUACGUCGCACAAGCAAGCUUGCCGUGCUGGUGCGUUCAGUUUUGACGGGCAACUUGUAGCAACUGGAAGUGUUGAUGCAAGUAUUAAAAUUCUCGACGUUGAUCGUAUGUUGGCAAAGUCUGCACCGGAAGAAAUUGAACCAGGUCGCGAACAGCAAGGACAUCCAGUUAUACGAACUUUGUAUGACCACACAGAUGAGGUGGCAUUUCUUGAAUUCCAUCCGAAAGAGCAGAUAUUGGCUUCCGGUUCGAGAGACUGCUCUGUAAAAUUAUUUGAUAUUUCCAAAGCUUCUGUGAAAAAAGCGCAUAAAGUAUUCACGGAUUGUGAACCGGUUCGAUGUCUCUCGUUUCAUCCUAGUGGGGAUUUCAUGGCAGUUGGAACGGACCAUCAUGUUUUAAGAGUGUACGAUGUGAACACAGCUCAGUGCUUUGUCAGCGCUAUUCCUUCGCAACAGCAUAAGUCGUCUGUGACAUGUGUUAAAUACGCUUCCACUGCAAAGGUGUAUGCAACUGGAAGCACUGACGGCUCUAUCAAACUCUGGGAUGGCGUGAGUGGAAGGUGCAUCAAUACUUUCGCUCAAUCUCAUGACGGUGUGGAGAUUUGCUCUCUUCAAUUUUCAAGGAACGGCAAGUAUCUACUAUCCUCCGGCAAGGAUUCGCUUGUUAAAUUAUGGGAACUGAGCACAAGUCGGUGUUUGAUUGCGUAUACAGGCGCUGGAACAACUGGAAAACAGGAGCAUAGUACCCAAGCCGUUUUUAAUCAUACGGAAGACUACGUCCUCUUCCCCGAUGAAGCCACAACUUCAUUAUGUUCAUGGAAUUCUCGCAAUGCGUCACGUUUGCAUUUGAUGUCACUCGGUCAUAAUGGACCUGUUAGAUACAUAAUACAUUCACCAACACAGCCUGCGUUCCUCACAUGUUCUGAUGAUUACCGAGCAAGGUUCUGGUAUAGGCGGUCAACGAAUCAUUGAAGGAUAUUAUGUUUAUUAGUUUCUUUGAUGGAUGGAAAUAAAUUUGAUUAUUGUCUCAAUGAAAAUAAUUCUUUGAAUUAUUCAAUUUCUAUUCUACCUGUUUU